GGAUACCACACUAACGGUAUCGUUCUUUCUAGAGAUAAUAUGUGAACAAUACUGUGUAAAUGUGGCGUAUUUUGUACCGUUUUAUACACUGGAAACAUUAAAUGUACAGAAAGGAAAGCCAGAAAGCUGUAGACGAGGAAAAAAUGGAGCUGAAAAUUAACAUAUGAUGCUGGUCUAUUUUCACUGAUUCGUGUAAGUUCUUGUCGUUAGUCAACUGGUGUGGUGCGGUAUUGUGCAGCGACUAAAUGGAGAAUCUACGGACUACUAGUAUUCACGCAGUUUAGUGUCUGCAAAGGUUUAGGAGACUGGGUUAUUUGCAGGGCCGUGGAAACGACAAGCAGGUGAGUGAAUGUAUGUUCCACACAGAGGACCAGCUGCCAAUGCAGGGUCAGGACUCGCCCGACAGACUCUUUCUGAUGGAAGAGGACAAACCAGUGUUGCCAGGAGUUGGCGUACGGGCCGCCACGCCUGAGCGACUCAUUCAAAUCUGUGUGGAAAGUUUUGGUGAAGAUGUUGAUGGUGAGGAGCAAAAGGAGUACGCCAGUGUCUUCUUUUUGAUGCACCAGUGGUUCAUGAAAUCAGAAGAGCUAGCUCAAGCAUUUGUGGACCUGUAUAUGGGCUGUGAUGAGACGAUAUCCUGUGAUGUCAGCGGCUGCCAGCAUCUUCUGUCGAAUCCACAGUGCGAGAUUCAGAAGUACAAGACGAGAAUAUGCAAGGCAGUCAGCUUUUGGAUUCGAAGAUACCCUGUUCAUUUCGACAUGGAUGUUCGACUGUCAAAGGUGGUUGAGGAGCUGAGAGACUUGUUACAAGCGGAAGGAAACACUAAACUGAAGGAACUGAUAGAUUUAUCAAAAGUCCCAUCUUGCGACUGGAUGCGGAACAUGUCUGUGAGGACCUCAUCAGUAAAACAUUCCCACAAGGUGUCGUUAGUGUUCAACCACCUCGAACCGGGACAACUUGCAGAACAGCUGACAUAUCUGGAGUACAAGGCGUUCAGGAGAAUUCAUUUCCCGGACUUCAAGAACUAUGCAGUGACAGCAUCAUUGAAGAACAACCCGAAAUUGGAGCGAUCCAUCGCCCUUUUCAACGGCCUGUCUCAGUGGGUGCAAUGUAUGGUGCUGAGUAAAACCACACCCCAGCAGCGCGCAGAUGUCAUUAUUAAAUUUGUUAAUGUUUCCAAGAAGUUACGGGUAUUAAAGAAUUUCAACACAUUGAUGGCUAUAGUGGGAGGUUUAACACACAGUGCUUUGGCUCGCUUGUCCAAAACCAACGCCUGCUUACCAUCAGAGACGCAGAAAACUCUAGUAGAAUUCACUGAACUGUUAUCCUCCAACAACAAUUUUAGCAACUACCGCAAAGUCUACCAUCAAUGUACCUGUUUUAAGAUACCCAUCUUAGGUGUCCACCUGAAAGACUUGAUCUCACUACACACAGCACUUCCAGACCACAUAGAGGGAAAUCGGGUCAACUUCCGCAAGAUGGCACAGCUUAGUCUUAUCCUCCGCGAGUUGACGCAGCUCCAGCGGCAAAACAACUUUCCUGUUGAUGCCAUUAUGGACCUGGUCAAUACACUUAGAUUAUCAUUAGAUUUGCAUCACACAGAAGAUGAAAUUCAUGAACUUUCUCUAGCCCGUGAACCAAGAGGAUCUGUGUCAUCACCAACCACUCCCACAAAGCCUGUAGUGUUUGCUGACUGGGUGGCAGGGGUUAAACCCCCGGACGCGGAGACCAUCAACAAACAUGUCAACGACAUGGUGGAGGCCGUGUACAGAAAUUAUGACCACGACAAAGACGGGUUUAUAUCUCAAGCAGAGUUUGAGGCCAUUGCUGGAAACUUUCCAUUUAUCGACACCUUCUGUGUGUUGGAUGCUGAUAAGGAUGGAAUGAUCAGCAAGGAUGAGAUGAAGGAAUACUUCAUUCGAGCAAACUCUCACGCUCUUAGGAAUAGUUUUAAGCAUGCCUUCCAUGAAACCACAUACUUCAAGCCAACAUUUUGUUUUCACUGUACGGGACUGUUAUGGGGUUUAAUUAAGCAAGGAUGGAAGUGCAAAGAUUGCGGAAUCAAUGCUCAUAAGCACUGUAAAGACCUGGUGGUUAUGGAAUGUCGCUAUAAAUGUUACAGGAGAUCGGGAACAAUGUCCAACGGUGUUGGUCCUCAUGACCUGACGCUAUUGAGAAAGAGAAAAAUAUCACAACGACACAGACGGUCGAGUAAUCGCCAGAUGUCACCUCAGCCAUGUACCCGGUCGCCUAGCAACAGCAUAGAGGAGGAUCGGCGGCACCGUUCGUUGGAUGACACUCAGGAUGGUGAGUUCUACGAGGAACCGCCCAUGAUCUAUGACAGACUCGUCAAGUCCGAAGAGGUGAGUGUCAGACCAGAAGAGGUGAGCGUUAGACCAGAAGAGACUAGAGAAAAGCUGAUGGAAGAAAACAAGAAACUUCGUGGAAGGCUGGAGGUCGCCAACGACCAGAUUCUGACACUGAAAUCUCACAUUGGAGUCAUCCGCCAAAAUACCAUCUCCUUCAUUCUCGAACAAAUGGAUGCGCUCAACAUGCAGCGUGACACAGAGGUGUGACCUGGUGUGGGGAGGGGGGGGGGGAAUAUGGAGGUGUGAUGACAGUACGAUGUUGUCGAGUCGUGAUGUCAGUUUGACACAGAGGUGUGACAUGGAGGUGUGAUGACAGUACAAUGUUGCCGAGUCAUGACGUCAGUGUGACACUUGGAUGUAAGAGAAACUUGUACAUCAGUGAGUUGACUCGGUCAUGAAUGCUUCAGAAGCUGCAGUGUGAAGUUUGUUGUUAUAAAAGUCUGGACUAAAGGUUUUAAUAGCUGAAUUCUCACCUAUACAGAUAGCACGCAGUUAAAAGUCUAGACUUUUUUACGGAAGUGUGAAAUUUGGACUUGAAUGUUUUAGAAGUAUCAGCCCAGAUUUUAAAUAAGUUGUAAACUUUUAAAGUCUACACUCAAGUCUACAGUAAGUAGUGUGGAGACUGGCUAAAAUCUUGAGACUGGACUUAAAAGUUUUAUAUGCAGCUAUAAUCAAGGCUUCAAUAAAGUCUUGACUACAUGUAGUUGAAGUCUAGAUUUUUUACUAAAGUCUUGAGUAUGGACUUUAAAGAUUUUUUUAAGCAUGGGCUGGAUGUUCCCAGUUUGUUAUCAGUAUAUAAACUGUCAGGUCUACACUCAGGGCUUCAAAAAAGCCUUUCAUCUACAUCUAGUUAAAGUCUAGUAUUUUGCUAAAAUCUUGAGAAUGGAAUAUAAAAUUUUAUAAGCACGACUCAGGAUCUCAAGAGUAAUGGAGAAAAACCUAUGUCCAAGUCCGAAAUGACCAUGACCAUGAUAUUCAGGAAAGUAAAGAAAUAUGUUGUAUGUUUACCCAGCAAUCGAUGAACAUGCUGAUUUGGCAUGAGCAUCAGUGUGGUAUUAGGUUAUGUAAAUACCAAGAACAGGAUGUUGGUAUGAGCAGAUGUGAUUACCAAAAGCAGUGUGGUGAUCCAAAGUUAGGUACCGGUAUAUGUUAUUAAAUUGUGUAAUGACUACACACAGUUAGGUGAUGACAAACCACGUAAUAUAAAUAUAUUAUGUACAUUGAUAACAAAUGGUGUAAUAUACCAGUUUGGCAUGAGCUGGAUAUGUGAUCUGAUGUGAUUUGUAUUGUUGAAAUGUGGAAUCGUGGUUUUUGUAAUAUUGUCAAGCAUAAGACUAUGUUUGUAAAGUCUAUUUUUGGAAUUUUAUCUUGAGGAACAAGAUGAUGAUGAUUAUUUUUAUGUUCUCAUUAUCAUUAGAAUAGUUAAAGAUGUCAACAACGAUUGUCCCAGAUCAGUUGAUACGAGAGUUAUGGCAGGAUGUAGUUAGGUGUUAGAGCACUUGCCUGAGGUGUGAUGGGUCACAGGAUCAAUCUGUCUGGGUGGAUGUAUUGGCCAGUCGACUGGCUGUAUAAGCAAUCAUACAUUCUGGACAUAAAAUAUUACAGCUGCAAUGUACUUUCAUUCUGUAUUAAAAUAAUAUGUCCCGAUUAUUUGUUCAGUUCAAACACUGGUGUAGCUUAUAUAUUGGGGAAUGGACGAGUAACUCUCCUUUUCUUAAAAAUAAUGGAGCAGAGGCCCACUAUUAAGAACUAAUGGAUAGAUUUAUAGUGAUUUAACAGUAAGCUUUUUUCUG